AUGUCUUUCUCCAAGAAGACAUCUGCUGAUGGAAUUCCGGAAGAUGAGCGUGGCGAUUUCAACGCAAUGAUGCAAGAAGGCGUGAAAGCGUUGACAAACAUGCUAACAACACAUUUACAGGAGGAUUCUGGACGUGGAGAGCCUUCUUCAAAGUACACAAGUUCUAGAGAAAGUUCUAAAAGUAAAACUGACACUCAAAGGCUUUUGGAACUCAUCAAAACCGAGAAUUUCGAGAAAAUGGAUAGCGAUGAGCUGGUGGAAUCAAUACAGAAAAGUCGCGGGUCCGACGAAUUGGUCCCCAGAGCAAACCAGACUCAUCUUGUAGGUGUUUCUCAAGAAAGGAUAACGGAAGUGGUUGAUGCUGGCUCCAGCGCAGGUCACAGACAAGAACGAGAUAUGGACCUGCACAAGAUGGCAACGCCGAUGACGAGCGAGAAAGACCAGAUAGUCUUUGACACGGGGGAACACGAGCUGUUGUCUUUUCCAGAAGAAUUCAGCGAUAAUCUCAAAAAAAUGGUAGCCUCCAGUCUUGCCCAGCACGCUCCGCAUGGAAGCCAGCCGAACAUUGAUUUUGAUUUCGAUGUGGACGUGGACGUAGACGUAGGAGGAAUGGACAUGCCUAUGGACAUGGACAUGGCUGGUCGGACUGACGAACCAGCUCUACCUCAGCCUUCAUCUGCAUCUCGUCCACACUCGCAUUCGCACUGCUGUCACGAAAAUCGCGACGCAUUCCAGUAUCCUCGUGGCCCUAGAAGUGCGCCGGACUUCUCAAAACUGAUCAACAACGACAGGCCAAUGUGCUUAUUCUGUGAGUACUACGUCGUAUUCGGUGAACCACCGAAAAACAUGAUACGAUGGUUUGACAGAGUACGAGGCCAAACAGCAGCAUCUACACAUUCGCCUCAACACACGCAGCGAUGA